AUGAAGAUGUCCGCGCCGGCCAUCGCGUCCUGUCUGACUCUCCUGCACCGCUUCGCCGCCGCCUCGCAACCAUCGGGCGGCCUCGAGACGUCCCAGCCUGCGGUCUCAGGAAGCCAGACCGCCGGUUCUUCGGCGCGCACGAUGCUCCCCCAUAUCUACGACCGCGAGGUCACCGGAGCCGACCUGCGCAUCCUCGCAGCAGCUGCUCUGUUCACUGGAUCGAAACUCGAGGAGCACCCCUUGCGCACGAACGACCUCCUGAACGCCGUCUGGGUGGUGUGCCAGCUCGUCCGCGUUCGAAUGAAGCAGUUCGCGCAGAGCGCGAGGACCCAGGGGCACGAACAAGCCCCCAGCGGCCGUGUGCACGACGACGGCUUCGACGCAGCGGGCCAAUACCUGGCCGGCGAGGACCCGGCCCUCGACCUGCGACUGACGCCCGGGCGCCUCGCGGAGGCACUGCCGGACCUCGACCGCACCCUCCGGAGAGCGCUCGCGCUCUCCCGGCCCGGGGGCCCGCAGCCGUUGGCCAGGCUCGCCGACGGCAUCGACGCCCCGGGGGAUGCCGUGCCGCUCAUGUCGUCGGAGGCGUACUACGCGGCGAAGGAGAAGCUCCUGGAGGCCGAGCAGCUCAUCCUGCGCGCCGUCCGCUUCCAGGUGGUUCUUGAGGAUCCCCAUAGAUACUUAUUCAAUAUCAUUCACGAACUCGGGCUGGGGGAGGGGCCCGCGAAGCUCGCGACGUGCGUGCUGAACGAUGCGCUGGUGUACACGGCGCUGCCCGGGCGGUGCUCGGCUGCGGCGCUCGCGACGGCUGCGCUGCUUAUGUCAGGGGAGGUGUUGGGCCCGACAGCCGUGCGGGAGUCCCCCACGUGGUGGAGGAGGGUCGGGGCGGACGCGGGCGAGGUGGAGGCUGCGGCGAACGGGCUCGCGAGGAUGAUCGCGGCGCUGCAGCGGGGCGGUGCGGGGGCGCAAGUAGCAACACUGACAACAAAUGCUCAGAGCUCAUAG